CGCAGGUUUAUGCAAACAUGUCUGGAUAGCUAUUGGUUACCAAUCACUGAUUGUAUCGAUCACUAAUCACGUGGAUGGAUGUGUAUUUCAGUAGAGACUGCCAUUUUGGGAAUAGGAUUUCACCAAGAGCUGUAUGGUCGGUCAAAGAUUGAGUUACUGAGGAACGUUGUCUGAGGUAUAGACAUGGCGAGAAAGGAACUUGGAACAACAAGCAACCACAAUGACCAUGAGAUGUGUCAUUAUGGAGAUUCGGAAAUCACAGUCGUGUGUAUGACAUUAUGUUUUCUUAUCAUCGUCAGCGUAUUGGCGUGCGUGUUUCGUCAAAUGUUCCAGAACAUGUUCACUGCUGGAAACAACAUCAUUACGUAUUUAACAACAUAUAAUGUAAGAAAUAACAUACAGAUGGCUCCAGUGGAACGGGCCGAGACGAUCAAUGGAAGCUUAGCGAUUGAAAACAUGAUGCGUAACAUCGAAAUAUCUCAGGAGCACACAGAUUCAACAGUCUAUGACUGUACAUUAGAAGUUAUAUCCAGAGUAAAAGACGAAGCAAAACAUGUUGCAAAUGAACUCAAGGCUUCUGCAACUGAGUUAACCCAAAAAUUAGAUACAGCUGUUAGUGAUAACCAAGAGACAGUCCGUGAGGUUAAAUGUGCUGUUCAAACAGGCAUUGAAUCUUUACGGAAUGAUUUUGCAGUUGUUGAUCAAAAAAUUGAAAGCCUACGAAUAUCACCAACCAAAACGGCAAAUGAGGAAAACUAUCUUCGGAAGUCCGAAGAGCUACGUAACCAAAUGGUACUUCACUACAACGAAAUCUUAAGUUACGCCCCUACCUCCCCUUUGUUGACAAGCAAGGACGAACAUCUUUUCGAGUUCUAUAUACCUCCUAAGAUUUUUUACACCGCCCACGAUAAGAGAGGACGACUUCAAGAGAAAGUCAACGUAAUGAAAUAUAAGCAUAUUUUGUUCAAACACAAUGAUACAUUAGACCGUCGAAUAUUCAUACAAGGAGAACCAGGGAAAGGAAAAUCGACAUUCUUAGCUAAAUUAGUUCUUGACUGGUGCGCAGCACAAUCCCGUUCGGUUCCAAACGAAUUUUCAAGGGUUAGUAACAAAUCAUUUUGCAAGUUUAAGGCGUUUGCGGAUGUGCAUAAACUACGAUUCUUUAAGUUCCAUUUCUUAAUUUUGUUAAGGGAUUCGAUGGAGCAUCGCGAGAUAGUCGAGAUGAUAAAAGAACAAAUUAUAGAUAGAAUAUAUCCUGCUGGUAAACGUGAAGAAUUUUAUGAUAUUCUAAAUCUUGUGCUCGAAAAGGAAAAAUGUAUAGUUGAGUUAGAUGGGUUAGAUGAGUGGUCCGAUCCACAGAACAAGGUUGCUAUACCUGCAUUAGCAAGCUGUUACUCGCGCUGCACUUUGUUGAUUACGACCAGACCUUGGAAAUUGGUUGACGAACGUAUUAAGGAUUCUCAGGUCAACAAUUUGUUCGAAAUUGACGGAAUUUUAGGUCCGGAAGAACUUGUGGAAUUGUUACUUAGAGGACUGGAUCAUAAAUAUCCCCAACACGCACGUAAUGAGGUUAUGAAAUAUAUACGUAAAAAUGGAUUAUCCCAUUUUUUAACGUCGCCCCUAUUAAUCACAAUGCUUGUCAGUUUGUGGAACGACAAUAUUCACCUUUCAGGAUCGUUAUGCGAAAUAUACAGUAUUCUGUUAGAUACCUUGUUUAAAAAGGCAAACAAAAAGAAGGGAUGUUUUACCUUGCCACCCGUUUAUUGUUUCACAAACACUAUGCAUUUAAAACCAAACCUUGAAGUCCUCGAUUCAUUAGCAAAAGCAGCGUUUCAUUUUCUUGUUUCAAAUAAAAGGGAAGCUUCCAUUGUCUUUAGCGAGUUUGAAGUAAUCAGGUACCUGACUGAAGAACAAAAAGCACUUUCACUUAAAGCUGGUAUCCUUUCGGCAAGGAAGUGUGCAUCAAAAAUAGUUCAACAUUCAACUUUAUCAUUUCUUCACAAGUCCGUACAGGAAUUUCUUGCUGCGUUUUAUAUUGCUAAAUGCUCCAACGAAAUCGAUGUGGUAUACAGUUUAACGAAGACAGCAACGGUGUUAGAUUUAGAACAAUUGUUUUUGUACUUGUGUGGGCUCAAUAUACAGAUAGCAAAUAAAAUACAACUUUUUCUUGUAAACUCAACAUUUCGGACAUUGGAGCAUAAUCAGGACCUGACCAUCCGAGGAUAUACCGAAGCAAAAGCCAACCAACAAAUAGAUGUAAAGUUUCAUUUAACAGAAUUUGCAUUUCAUGGAUCAUUGAACAAAACCGAAACAAGUGCUUUGAAAGAAAUUUUACGUUUUAAUAAGUCCAAUGUGAGAUCGCUUUUUAUUACAAAAAAUGCCUUGGAGAUAAGUGACAUCGUCGAGAGCCUUACGGAGUCAGCCCAUAGUCUUACACAAUUAGAAAUAGAGAUUUAUCCAAGCACACAUUUACCUAGAAAAUCUGUUCUAGCAUGUCUACUUCAUAACAUGCCAGUUCAGUUGAAUAGGAUUAUUGUCAGCUCGAACAAACAUAUUAAAGCAAUGGUAAAACUUGACGGAAAAUUUCGGCGAACGUUUAUUUUCAGGUAUAGACUGACACCUGACGAAAUGCGUGGCUUGCUUGAUAUUCUUGCAAUGCUCGAUUACUCUGUCGAGUGUAAGAUCGAGUGUACUAUAUUCAAAUCGCAUGUUGCUCAACAACAAAGUGACACACAAGUAAUGGUACCUGAAUUAAAAAAAACGAGGCUAUCAAAUAUCAAAUCUAAUCUAACUCUUAAAGUUAAGUCCGACUGUUUAGGUUUGUAUGAAGCACUGCGCGGUGCAAAUAUUCAAAGUCUUGAAAUUCGUAAAAUUAAUCAAGUCGCAUUGUUUUUGCAAACACUUCAAACUCUAAGACAAUUAGAUACAAUUUCGAUUAAACAUAUAUUUUUUCACAAUAUAAACAUCCCAAUAGCUCCCUCGUUACGGUACAUUGUUGUACGAUGCGAAUCAUGCUCUGUCGAUCGACUGCGCAGUUUCGUUAAUAGAUUCUUAGAAAAACGUUUUAGCGACGAAUUUUCACAGGCAUUUGGUUUUGUUCAACAUUUUGUGAAUGAGGAACAGCCAUGCGACAAGUCCUAUAAACGUUUAACACUGGAGGUUUGCAAAGAUAGUCCAUGUCUGAACGAACUAUCGCUAAAUGCGACCAUUAUGAGUUUGGUCAUCGCAAAAAUUGACAACGUUGGUCUCUGUUUAGAGACGGUUCCGAAAUUGAACACAUUGAGAACACUUAUUUUAGGAGGAUUACGUUUUGACGAAAUUGAACUUCAACUACCUGCCUGUUUACAUUAUUUGACUUUACUGGGCAUCAAAUGCUCAUCAAAGUGGUUGCGUACCUUACUAGUUCGACUAUCAAACCUGCGUCAUCCCGUCAUUUGUAAAUUGAUUAAAUGUGUUGUAAAAUUAUGUGACGAGAAACACAGUCAUUUGCUUUCAAGAACAUUGGAAAUACCAUCACCUGACAAGCCCAAUGUCACAUUGAAAAUUCGCAAAGACAGUCAAGGUCUGUACGAAGCACUGCGUUAUUCUAGUAUCAGAAGGCUUCAACUAAGAAGCAUUCAUUAUUCAGUAGGUGCACUGGAGACUAUGUCAACUCUGAAAACAUUAGAAACCCUUACAUUGAAGUGCUUACGAUUUGAACAUAUUGAACUCCAAAUACCUCUAACGUUACGGUCCCUUUGUUUACAAUACGGAAAGUAUUCCUCAGAUUGGUUGGUUAACUUGCUAGUCAAAUUUUCUUCGAUAGGUCAUCCCGUGCGAUGCCAGCUAGUAAAGUGUGAAGUAACAUUGCGAGAAAAUGUGAGACAAAUUGAUUACCACAUGUCAGUAUCCGAUUCAAUGAUUUUAAGAAGGUCUUGUGACAUGUCUAAUGUAACAUUAGAAAUUACAAAGGACAGCCCUGGUCUGUUUGAAACAUUGCUAGAAACAAGCAUUCGAGACCUGAAACUGAUCAGAUUUAGUUAUGAAUCAAAUGUUUUUGCGAUAGUUCCAACGCUGAGGAAAUUAAAAUCACUGACUCUAAUUGGCUGCCAUUGUAAGAUUGACACACUCAUUCUUCCUUUAUCUUUACAGACUCUGUGUUUAGUUAAGUCCCACGGAUCGUUUGCGAGAAAUUUGAAAAGCUGUCUUGUUAAACUCGCCAACCUCAGACAUCCCGUAACAUUUAAGCUGUAUGAAUGUGGCAUUGAUCCAUUAGUUGACAACGAACCAAAUAAGAACGAAAUGUUCAAUAUUGUUAUGGAAGUUUGUAACAAUAGUCCGGGUCUUCAUGGUAUACUGCAAGGUACCAGUAUUCGGGGCUUAAAAAUCAGAGGCAUCAACAAUGUCACUGAGUUAUUACUAACAGUUCCAACUCUCGGUCAUUUAGAGAUACUUUCCGUAGAAGGCAUCCACUUAAACCGAUUUCAGCUCCAAUUUCCAAAAUCUUUAAAGUAUAUUUGUUUCCCGCGCUGUUCUUUUUCUCCCAUAGGAAUGCUUGGUCUACUAUUGCAACUCGCUGUAAUUGGCCAUCCCGUGAAAUGUGAAUUUUUAAAUUGUGAAGCGAUUUCUGGAAAGAACAUGCAUGCAAGUGAAUAUGAAUUUUCAGAGCUUCUGAACAAUGUUUUGCAUGACAUGUCGGAAAUCAAUUUGGUGGCGAAGUUCAGUCCAGGUCUGCGUGACAUGUUGAAUGCAAUAACAACCAUAUGUCAUAAUAUGCAAAAAGUGAAAUACAUACCUGGCUGCUAAUUGACACAGAAGCUUAGUUUUUGAAUGGAUGAUAAUAAGAUAUUGGUUUGGUUAGAUAAUAUUUAGGUUUCAGAAGCCUAAGCUCAUUUAGGGAGAAAUGUCCCUAUUGCUUUAAUUACUAAGUCAUGAUUAACGCCCAUAGCAGCUAUAUUUUAUUAUUAUGUGUUGUCUUGCAAUUAUUAACAUUAUAUUAAUGUUUAUACUCGAGAACCUAAACAUCAAUUGAUGAUGCCAAUGCAUCGAAAAAUAUUAAAGUGCAAUAAGCUUAGUUAUUUUUUUCAUGUGAAGAGUGUAUAUAAUAAUUUAUUUCGUAUCACGUUUCACAGGUGUGAAUUUUAAAUGUACACGUAUAUGUAUAUAGUUUUGUUUUCUUUCUCAGUUGAUAUUGCCUCUUUGAAAAUUUAAAAUGUAUAUUGUUAAAAUAAAAAGCGAUUUGUUAUAUCAAUGCUACAUACUGACAAUGCAUUUAACCGUUUCUAUAUUGAAUUUACUGCAUACGAAGAAAGCUUAUAAAUAUCUAUGAUUAGAGACGAUAUGCAAAAUAUACAAAAUGCAAAACAGAAACUAGGUAAGUAAACACGACCUUUAUUAUUAAGUGUUUUUGUCAGAGUGGAUGAGAUGCAUUUCAAUGAUAAAGAUAUACACCUUGUUUUUAGCUUACCUGAGCACAUUGUGCUCAUGGUGAGCUUUUGUGAUCGCCUUUUGUCCGUCGUUCGUCGUGCGUUGUGCGGCGUCAACAUUUACCUUGUUAACACUCUAGAGGCCAUAUUUAUUGUUCUCUCUUCAUGAAAUUUGGUCAGAACAUUGGUCUCAAUAAUAUCUUGGAUGAGUUAGAAAAUGGUUAGGUUUGCUUGAAAAACAUGGCUGCCAAGGAGCGGGGAAUUUUCCCUUAUACAUGACAAUAUAUGGCUAUUGUUAAACCUUGUUAACACUCUAGAGGCCACAUUUAUUGUCCGAUCUCCAUGAAACUUGGUCAGAAGAUUCAUUCUAAUACUAUCUUGAACGAGUUCGAAAAUGAUGUUGGUUGCUUUAAAAAAAUGGCCGCCAGUAAAACCUUGUUAACACUCUAGAGGUCACAUUUAUUGUCCAAUCGUCAUGAAAUUCGGUCAGAAGAUUGGCCUCAAUGAUAGCUUGGAUGAGUUUGAUAUGGUUACGUUUGCUUGAAAAAAAACAUGCCAAUGGGUGGGGCAUUUUUCCUUAUAUCGCUAAAGAAAAAUCUUGUUAACACACUAGGGACCACAUUUUUGUCUGAUCUUCAUGAAACUUGGUCAGAAGAUUAAACUCAAUGAUAUCUUGGACGAGUUUUAAAAUGAGGCCGCCAGGAAGCGGGGCAUUUUUCCUUAUAUGGCUAUAGUAAAACCUUAUUAACACGUUAGAGACCACAGUUAUUGUCCGAUCAUCAUGAAACUUGGCCUAUGAUAUCAUGGAUGAGUUCGAAAAGGGUUCCGGUUGGUGGAAAAACAUGGCCGCCAAGGGGGCGUGGCAUUUUCCUUAUAUAGCUAUAGUAAAACCUUGUUAACACUCUAGAAGCCAUAUUUAUUGUCCGAUCAUCAUGAAACUUAGUCAGAAAAUUUGUCCCAAUGAUAUCUUAGACAAGUUCGAAAAUGGUUCCAGUUUCUUGAAAAACAUGGCCACCAGGGGGCGGGGCAUUUUUCCUUAUAUGGACUUAUGAAUCUUCAUGAAACUUUGUCAGAAUAUUAGUUUGAAUGAUAUGUUGGAUGUGUAUGAAACUGGGUCUGCUCUGUUGAAAAACGUGGCUGCCAGGGUGUUUACUAGUCAUGAAAGUCGGUAAGAACAUUUUGUUCUAAUGACAUCUUGGUCUGCACAGCACAGGUCAGUUCCUUUGAAUCUCAGGUGAGAGACUUUUGGGCCUUUCAGGCCCUCUUGUUUUCCAAAUAUGUAGGUAUUCUUAGACGUUUCAUAGUUGUAAUGUAGUGUGAUAUUGAUGUUACAUAAGUUGUUAUUAAACCUUUUCAUGUCAAAACAUCAGUACAUUCUAUAAAUGCGGUUUUCUUUCACAAAUUAUGGUGUUGUAUUCUUGAUCGAAAUUAGCAGUAGUCUUAUGUAUUGUAUGAAUGUCAGUUCCGUUCCCUGUUGUGAAAGAUGCUAUAUUUUUGCCAUUAUUAUUAAACGGACCGUAUUUAGCGACCGAUUCUCAGACUGUAACCCACUUCUAUAACAAAGAUAUAUAUUUCUGAGUGAAUAUACUAUUUACAUAUUAUAUAUCUUUUACACUUGCUCUAAACGAAGAAUAAUGUACUGAUAAGUACUCUAAGAACAGUAUGCUUACUGAAUAUUCUUGGUUUUAGACCUUAUUGUAAUAAUUGUGUUGUAAAUGUAGGUCCUUGUUAUAUUUUAUAAUUUUGUUAUCUGAUGUUGUUUGUUGUUGUUUUUCACAAAUUUUGUUUUGUAUAACCUAAUUUCUAUUUAAUGCUUAUCAUGCUUAUAUUUACUGAUAGUAAGUAUAGAUAUCAAUAGAUAGUUACCUUAUAAAGCGUGUGUCAUUCUUAAAUUGUGAAAUUAUCAGAUGUGUGUUACAAUUGUAGGGUGGUAUAGCUGUUUAAGUUUUUAUCCUUCUGAAUAUUACACGGGUUUUAAACAAGUUGCAGUGUAAAAUGUAUUGGAAACUAAAACAAUGAAUAGUCCCACAUACGUCAUCUGCAUGUGACAAUCCAUUUAAACUACAUUUUGGUUAAUGAUUUUUAUCAAUGACAUAUACUCGCUAUCUAAAAUAAACUAGUUCAUCUACUCAUA